AAACCAUAAGCAUACGAAUAUCUAUCAUGGCUGCUAUGUUCUUAGCGAAAAACUCCUUCUUCCUUCUCUCGAAGGCUUUCCCACAAACCCAUUCACUCUCUCUUCGUUACUCCGGCAAAGUCUCCAGGGUCUGCUAUACUUCUGCCUCCAAAUACUCCGAGGGUCGAAAUGCAGAGGAAGAGAAUAGAGAUUCAAGGGCCGACAUGGCGUAUGACUCCAGGGAUUGGAGAAAAGAUCGCCGAGACAAUACAGAAGACGACAUGACGGAGAGAGCAAAAGAAACCAUGAAAGAAGGCGUGGACAAGACAAAGGAAACAGCAGAGGAAUUGAAAAGCAAAACAGAAGAAUACGCACAUGAAACCAAAGAGAAGACGAAGGAUGUAGCGGGUUCAAUGGCGGAAAAGGCCAAAGAACGAACAUACAAAGCGGCAGAGGCGGCCGAGAGUGCAAAAGAGAGAGCGAAAAACGCAGCGGGAUCGAUGGCUGAUAAGGCUAAAGAAGGGACAUACAAAGCAGCGGAGACAGCGGAGAGUGCCAAAGAAAGAACGAAAGAAAAUCUGCACGGAGUGAAGGGGAAGACGGAUAAUAUGGCGGAGAAGGCAAAGGAGACGGUACAGAAUAUAGGAGAGAAUACGAAGGAGACAGCGCAGAGUGCAUGGGGAGCAGUGAAGGAGACGGGGAAGAAGAUAAAGAACACGGUUGUGGGGACUCCUGACGAGGAGGUUGGGGUAAAGGUCGUACCUGACGAUGAAGAGGUCGAAGUGGAUGUGAAACCCAUGGAUGAGGAUGCUGUGGAACCCAGGAGGCAAGCAGGGAAAUCUGAUGACAACUAUUAAUUUAAAUUAGUGUUUUUCGUUUUUUUUUUUUUUUUCUGUUUCUUUUUUUUUUGGCCCUUUCCAGCCAAAAAAAAAAAAAAAGAAAUGGAAGCUUUUUUUUUUUUUUUUCAUAUGUUCUAUAUAUAGUUUUUAACAAACCAAAUAAAAUGGAGAUGGACGAAGUUAAUUUC